AUGGCAAUGGCAAACAACAAAACAAAAUGCUUUAAAUGCAAUAAAGACAAAGUAACAUAUCAUUGUGAAGGAUGUUCAAGAGAAUUUGGUUUAAAAGAUUUAAUAGAACAUCAAGAAAGGUUAAAUAAUGAAUUAAACCAUAUUAUUGAUGAUUAUGAUCAAUUUAAACAAACAAUUAAUGAACAAAAGCAAAAUCCGCAAAAUCAUCCAUUAAUAAAACAAAUUAAUCAAUGGGAAAGAAAUUCAAUUGAAAUAAUUCAACGAAAAGCCCAAGAUUGUAGAAAGAUUGUCAUUAGAUGUUUACAAAAACUUAUUAAUGAAAUUGAAGAUAAAUUUGAUGAUUUAAGUGAACAAAUAAAACAAUUUCAUAAAGAAAAUGACAUUAAUAUAAUCAACUUAAAUUAUUUAACAAAUCAAUUACGAAAAAUUACAGGAAACUUAGAUGAUCCACCCAAAAUUUCUAUUCAACAAAACUCACAAACAUUUAUUAGUGAAAUUUCGAUUAGUUUAUCAAUCAAACCAAAAUUCAACAAAUGGAAACAAAACGCCAUCACUGUGGCUGGUGGAAAUGGGCAAGGACAACAAUUAAAUCAGCUCAAUCGGCCUGUUGGAAUCAUUAUUGAUAAAAAGAAAAAUAUUUUUAUUGCUGAUUUUUUCAAUCAUCGUAUUGUUGAAUGGAAACAUAAUGCAAAAGAAGGACAAAUCAUUGCUGGUGCGAUCGAGGAAGGAAAUCGAAUAGAUCAAUUGAAUUAUCCAACAGAUUUGAUUGUUAAUCAACACAAUCAUUCAAUCGUCAUUGCUGAUUAUGGAAACAGACGGGUGACUCAAUGGAUGAACCAAAAUCAACAAAUUCUUAUUGAUAAUAUUGACUGUUGUCGUUUGACAAUGGAUAAAUAUGGAUUUCUUUAUGUUUCUGAUUAUAAGAAGAAUGAAGUGAGACGAUGGAAGAUGGGAGAAUAUGACAACGAAGGAAUUGUAGUAGCAGGUGUAAAUGACAGAGGAAAUCGACUUAAUCAACUCAAUUCUCCUACUUAUAUCUUUGUCGACGGAGAACAAUCUAUUUAUGUAUCAGAUAGGAACAAUCAUCGUGUGAUGAAAUGGAGAAAAGAUGCAAAACAAGGAAGAAUAGUGGCUGGAGGAAAUGGUGAGGGAAGAAGUCUCAAUCAAUUGUCUUCACCUGAACGAAUAUUUGUUGGUGAUUUAGGUCAAAUCUAUGUGGCAGAUAGUGGGAAUGAUCGAGUAAUGCGUUGGUGUAAAGGAAAAGAAGAAGGUGAAAUUGUUGUUAGUGGAAAUAGUCAAAGAAAUCAAUCAAAUCAAUUGAAUUGUCCCUGUGGUUUAUGUUUUGAUGAUGAAGGAAAUCUUUAUGUUGCUGAUUAUAAUAAUCAUCGAAUUCAAAAAUUUGAAAUAAUUUUGUAA